UGCGCAUGCGCCCUGCAUCCCCUCCAUCCGUACGUCGGGGAACAGAAGAACCCGAAUAAAGAUGCUUGGGGUCUCAUGCUCAGCCGGUUGACAACUUGGCUUUAGGGGGCAUUGGACUAGCGCAAGACGAGCACAUUUAAAAAAUCAGGCAGUUAUCCGGGCGAAGAUGGAAAUGAAGAAGUCUUUUUCAGACACGGAGCGGGCACUCAGGAGCUACGGCGCCGUGUCGCAAACGGCGUGGACGACGGACAAAGGUCACUGUGAUGUUUCCAUGGCCGAGAGCACCAUGUGUCCAGAGGAGAUUGAGGUGGAGAUGGCUCGGAUCCAGCGUCUAAGGGAGGUUCUAGUGCGUCGGGAAUCUGAGCUACGCUUCAUGAUGGACGACAUCCAGCUGUGCAAAGACAUCAUGAGUUUAAAGCAACAGUUGAGGCAGAUUGUUGCAGUACCAGAGAAAGACAAAAGCAAGAAAGACAAACAAGAGGAAGAAGAACUGAUCCUAAAGAUCCAUAAACUCGUGCAAAAGAGGGAUUUUUUGGUGGAUGACGCAGAGGUGGAGAGACUAAGGGAGCAGGAGGAGGACAAGGAAAUGGAAGAGUUCCUCAGGCUGAAACUGAUGCCACUGGAAAACAAGCUCAAAGUCAAACAAAGCCCUCCAAAGCCCAAAAGACAAGUCGUGGAGCCACCGCCCAACAAACCCUUCAUCACUCAAUCAGGUGUGGCCAUCAUUAAGGAUUGUUGCGGCGCCACCCAGUGUUCCAUCAUGUAAAUGGAAGAAGCCUCCAACGCUCCCAUCCUGUUCAGCUUUACGUUCCACUUUAAGGUGUCCAAAAGUAAAGUCAUGUUUGCGAUGCAAAAGUCAGGGAGGCUAGGGUUUGUGUUGUCGGGUACAGUAUACCAUACAGUCAUCCCCUGCAUAUUCACGGAUCAAUAUACACAAAACCACCUAUAAAAUACUUGCUUGUGGAAUCAAUCCUCAGCUAUUUGCUUAAAAAAAUAAAAAAAAUAUUCGCAAUUUUGUGCUCUUUCAUGGAUGAGGUCGUUAUUCUUGACUCACUGUACUUGCAGUAAAUGACUGUUACAUUGGCAACAGAACACUUGGAUUUAAAUUAAGAAGGAAAUAAAUAUUCUUGAACACUAUUGACUCCCACUUGUAGAAGGUUUACCCCAAACUGGAAGUCAUGAUUACAUAUUCAAUACAAUUCAGAUGGUUUGUGUUUUAAAAAAAUACAAUUAUAUACAUAAUUUCUUUUUUUACACACAAUCUGAAAUAUAUAAACAAAUGGGGUCAAUUUUUGCUUUGUGCACACCAAACAGGCCACACCAUCAUCAUCACAGAAUUAUUGAUUGUGAUAACAUUAUAUUAUCAGCUACCCUGAUCAUUGUUGUAAAGCAACAGGAUCCGGAGUUGUGUUUUAAGAAUGAACAUUACAUAUAUAAUGCAAUCUUUUUGUAAAUCCCCACAUUUCCAUGUAUGCUUGAGUGCAUUAUAAACAUUUGCAAAGGCAUUUGUCCCCUUUCUCUUCCUUAUGAUGAUCAUCUGUAGUGCUGGUGAAUUUAUUAAGUUCCUAAUGUUCACAAUGUAACAGAUAUGCAGAAAAUAAGCUGAAAUGACCUGUACAUAUAUGUUUAAAUAAAUGUCAUCUUUCAGAAACACCUCA